AUGAAGUGGGAAAACCAAACCAUUCUGGUGGAAUUCUUUCUGAAGGGACUUUCUGGGUACCCAAGACUUGAGCUACUCUUCUUUGUGCUCAUCUUGAUAAUGUAUGUGUUCAUCCUACUGGGAAAUAGCUCUCUUAUUUUAAUUAGUAUCUUGGAUUCUCAUCUUCACAAACCGAUGUACUUUUUCCUUGGGAACCUCUCUUUGCUGGAUAUCUGCUUCACUACUAUCUCCAUUCCCCAAAUUCUGGUGACUUUCCUCUCAGAAAGAAAGACCAUUUCCUUCACUGCUUGUGUACUGCAGAUGUUCCUUGGUCUGACCAUGGGAACAACAGAGUGUGUGCUCUUGGGCAUGAUGGCCUUUGACCGCUAUGUGGCCAUCUGUAACCCUCUGAGAUAUCCCAUCAUUAUGAGCAAGAAUGCCUACGUGCCUAUGGCAAUUGUGUCUUGGUUUAUAGGGUUUACGAAUUCUGCCGUCCAAACUGGGUUUGUGGCACGAUUGCCUUUCUGCAGGAAUAACAUCAUCAAUCAUUUCUCCUGUGAAAUCCUGGCUGUCAUGAAGUUGGCCUGUACUGACAUCCAUAACAUUGAGUUCAUUAUGCUGGUGACCACAUUUUUGUUUGUUUUGAUGCCACUGCUCUUGAUUGUCAUCUCAUAUUCAUUAAUCAUUUCGAGUAUCCUCAGAAUUCGCUCCUCUGAGGGUAGAAGCAAAGCUUUCUCUACUUGUUCAGCCCAUUUGACAGUGGUGAUUAUAUUCUAUGGAACCAUUCUCUUCAUGUACAUGAAACCCAAAUCUAAAGAGACACUUAAUUCAAAUGACUUGGAUGCAACAGACAAGCUUGUAUCUAUGUUCUAUGGGGUGAUAACCCCCAUGAUGAAUCCAUUAAUAUACAGCCUCCGAAACAAGGAUGUGAAGGAAGCAGUAAAACAUCUACUGAACAGAAGGUUCAUUAAAAAGUGUGUAUAUGAUUAG